AUGGCCACAUGGGGUCUCCUGGGUGGGCUGCCCAAGAGGGCAGACUUUGGUAUGGCCCACUGGAGCCCGGCUGGGCAAGGCCCACACCCAUGCCAGGCUGGGCCUGGUCCGGCACUUUACAUUCACUGGUUUUUAAUUUUUUUUUUUUGCCUUUUUUUUCUUUUUUUUUUUUCUUUUAAUCUCAAAAGGCAGGGUCGGGGUCAGGGUGGGGGACUAGGCAGGGAGCAGCAGCAAGAACAUUUAUCUCUCUCCCCCAGUCUGGCAGGCUGGAGACUGAUCCAGGUGGGGGCUCAGGGCCCCCCAUCCUGCCAGGCCCACCACUCCUGCCCCCGAGCUCCCCGCAACAGCCUCCAUCACAAGUCCCCAGCCUAG